AAAGAAAAAUGUGUUUAUGGCUGGCAAUUAGGUGUUCAACAGACAGAGGAAGCAGAUAAAAAUGAACUAUCGCUUUAUUCUUUAGCGAUUUUUAUUCGAAAGGUUGAGAAAAUUAUACCCGGAAGCGUCCAUUCUAGAAAGUUUAUUUCAAAGAAAACUUUAAGUAUCCUUCGACAAAAUGGUUCACUUUUGCAAGCUAUGCCAGCUGCUGCAUAGGAACAUGGACUUUAUCGAUUGCGAUGAAAGCCAGGUUUGGCUUUUGGAAACUGUUUUCCAGCUUAAAGUUGUCCCUAUCAAUGGGCGGGUUGAUCCAGUUUGUCCGCGAUGCAUCCAGAAGUACAACAAAACGAUGCGCCGAAAACGGAAAGCUAACGGUGGACUUCCUCUAAUGCCGAUGCUUGGUGGGGAGGAACGGCCAUCGUUUUUCCCCUCGCUAUCGAGCGGCAGUAGCACAACUACCAGAACAACGACGGCUACGGUGACCUCUUCAACACAGUUGGUUAUAUCAGGUCCAAGAAUGUUGGGUUCUACUAAGCCAGACAAACAUCAGCAAGAGGGAUCUCAGCUAGUUUUGUCGUCGACAUUACGAGAGGAAGAAUCCUCUACAGAGGCCUCAAUCAUUACGGGGAACAGUUUUCAGUUCAAUAUAACUGGCGCAGCUGCCGUUUACCGAACUGCUGGAAAAGAGAGCCGAGGAAGUUCGGAUGAUGAUAGUUCACUAGAUUGCAGUACAGAAGAUGACGAAGAUGAUGAUCAAGGAAAUAAAAAUGAUAGUAGCGAUUCGAGCGAGUGUUGCAGUGACGACUCGGAAGACACCAGUUCAACUUGCAGUAGUUCUUCGGAAAGUGGAAGUUCUUCAGAUUUACUAGAUAAUUCCAAGAGCGAGGGACAAGAACCCAGACCUUCAGAUGAUUGCAAUACGAUGAGAUCGACAGAAGCACUUUUCAUACAGCCGGAUACAUCAAGGCUGGACCAGCCUGACAAACCAACUGCGGUAACAACAGAGGACGUUGUGACCAAAAGCGUAGCAAUUGCAGAUACUACUGGUCAAGAACCACCUAAAAACACCAGCGAAAGCAAAGGUGGAAAACGCAAAACCCCUCAAAAAACGUCUCAGCAAGUUCAGCAUGUUUGUGAAAUUUGCCAUAAGGUCUUUCUCAAAGCGGUUUAUCUCAAAGUGCACAUGCGAAUACACACCGGUGAAAAACCUUUCGCUUGCGAUAUUUGUUUCAAAAGUUUCACACAAGCCUCGAGCUUAAACACCCACAAACGAUUACAUGCCAACGUGAAACCAUUUGUGUGUAAGGUUUGUGGAGCAGAAUACACAAGCUCGGGAAACUUUAGAGUGCACCAGAGGACUCACACCAAAGAGAGGCCAUAUAAUUGCAGUUUUUGCAGCAAAUCAUUUGUUCAACUCAUUUCGAAAAAGUUACACGAGCGUGUGCACAGGAACGAAAAACCUUACGUGUGUCAGGUCUGUCUUAAAGCGUUCAGCAACAUUAGCAACCUACACGUGCAUCUCCGUACUCACAGCAAGCAGAAGCCAUAUUCGUGUGAUCAGUGCGAUAAACAAUUCGCACAGUCGCAAACGCUAAAGGUUCAUCGCCUUUCGAUGCAUUCCGAGCAACGGCCGCACGCUUGCGAUCAGUGCCCGCGAACGUAUGCCACUCUGUCGAAUCUUAAGAAUCAUCUGAACAGUCACAUGAAGGAGAAACCGUACGUUUGCAACGAGUGUAACCGACGGUUCACGCAAAAAAGCUCCCUAAAAACGCAUCUGAUGAGCCACGUCAAACAGGAAAACCGCGAGAUAAUGUCAACGGUUCUUUCCUGUGAUCAAUGUCCGAAACAGUUCAAACUGAAGGCCAGCCUUCGGAAGCAUUUGCGAACGGUUCACCAGCGAGAGGAGAAGAAGGAGGAUGUUAAGAGGGGUGAAAAGGAAAGUCUACCGGGAGCCGACAUCGGAUUGCUGCCGUUGGAAGAGUUUGACGACGUCAUUUCAUCAGUAACCUCAGAUAUGUUCGAUUUCAAUCAGUAUUAGAUGUUUGCCAAAGAUUCAACUUAUCCAAAAAAUGAUAUGUGAUAUAGAGUGUAAAGUGUUUAGAUUGUAUGACGACAUAAAUUAUUCUAUUCUGAAUAUAAUAGCAAUAAAUGUAUUAAAAUAAUUGGGAGGAUUUGAAUCCCGCGGCUUUGGGAGAUCAUUGAAUUUGAAAUAGAGAGAAAAUCCGGACUAAUGUUAUUAAAAAAAAAUCGGCAUUAUCUGUGCGCAGGUCGUUGUAUUUU